UGGAUAAUUAUCAAUCUAAAAUUCAUGGAAUUUUAAUUGCCUUUUUUCCUUUUGAAUUUUGAUCUUCUUAGGGCAAAGAAUUAAAAUCUUAGACUUAUUAAUCGUUUCUUUCUAGAAUAUGUAAUUUGUCAAUUUGUAUUUGUCCCAGUUUUGAUUGGAUUGCUUAGAAAGUCUAAUUGAUUUGGUUUAUUUAUAUGUUCUCACCUUGCUUAGAAUAAGAUCAUCGUUACUAAUGAAAUUUAAUCCAUGGGCUAUAGUGAGGGAAGAGAUGAAAUCCAAGAAAGGGAAAAAGGCAAGAGGUGUGAGCAACACUUGAGAGAAAAGCCAAGUUCUACAGUGUGCAAAACAUGAGUGUUGAGUGCCAUUAUGUGAGAGAGUGGAGUGAAACACGUAAGGGAGUGUUGUGAGGUCCUUUUAUUCUUUUGUUUCUAACAUUUGUUGCAGGUUUCAAUCAUGUCAAGCGGUGAUGACAAAUCAACCACUAGAAGACACCAUGUGGAUGAACCUCUCAUGCUCAAAGCAAUGCAACAACAAUUUCAAAGGCUGGAUAUCAUGUUUGGUGAGAUUAGAGACAAAAUGGAGAAGCAAGAUGCAGCUAUAGCCAAUUUAUACCAAAUACAGGGAAGUUCCGAAUUUGCGUAGGAAGGACGCUAAUAAUGAUCUCAAUGACAAUUAUGAAGGUGCAUUCAACGAUGAUGCCCAUCAUAUCUUCUAAUUCCACAUAAUGCUGCAGCUCUACCACAUUAGCUAUCAUGAUUUAAACCAUGCAGAAACCGUGCCAUAGUUGCUUCUCUAUCCUCUUCCACAUUCGUUCUAACCAUUGCGAUUUCCAUCUCUUUGUGAUAAUCCUCAACGCUUUUGGACCCUUGAGUAAGGCCCUGCAAUCAUUGAUAAAGAUCACGGUAGUAGUGACUAGGAACAAAUCGUUUUCUCAUCACAGCUUUCAUCUCUUCUCAAGUGUCAACAAGAUGCUCUCGAUUUCUACAUCGACUAAGGACAAGCUGAUACCACCACACCACAGCGUAAUCAGUAAAUUCCACCACUGCUAGUUUCACCUUGUUUUCCUCAUGUUUUCCUCAGAAUAGUUAUGGCAAUCAAACACCAAUUCCACCUUAUUUUCCCACUCCAAAUACACAUCUGGAUCAUUUUUGCCUUAAAAUGGAGGAAUCUUCAUCUUGAUGCUACCUAAGUCACGAUCAGCAAAAUUUGAUGAGGUGGGGAGAUCGGCAAGAUCGUGACAGUACAUGUGGGGUUAUCUUGAUUCCCAUCACUAUACCCAUACCCUUCAAUUAGCUUAAACUAAACCUAAACUUGGCUGCUGUUGUAUAUCCUUUUUCUAUAUGCUGCCAUAACUUACUAACUCUGAAAUUGGAACCAACUUUUUUCCCUAAAUAUUUGGUGUUGCUUUCCUUUUUGAUUUCUUUGUGGACUCUAUCUUUUUGUCUAAUGAUGGGAACUAUAAAAUUAGAAGGUGGACGACAAGAAAAAGAGACUGAAAGAGAUCAAAGAAGAGAUGGAACUUUCUGCAAAAUGCAAGUGAAGGCAAAAUUGGAACAUUGGAUUAUUAUUUCCUUUUAACCCUUUUUUUUACUCAU